UUUUAUGGAAGUGUUUGUACGUACAUGUCUUGGUCUACACAUACAUACAUAGCAUACAGUGCAGCGGUAAGAUUAAAAUUAUAACAAACAAGAAAAUUUAGCUCCAAGAAGACAAUAACAUAAUAUCUAGAAACCAUUGCGAUCCGCUACCAUGACCAUUGACCAACCCCGUACCAUACACUUCCUUCUUCUUUCUUUUCUUUUUAUGUUUAUUUAUUUAUUGCUGCAUACCACAGUUCCUUCUUCUCCUCCAAGAUCCUUAACACCAUGUCCGGCCCAACAGAAUCAUCGCAACCCACCAUCGAUCCCUAUGAGAAACUUCAGAUUGUUCGCAACCCUGACGGCACGAUCACUCGAGGAAUCAUAGUUCCAGAAAGCCCUCCCUCAUCUGAUCCCAAUUCUUCAACUCCGGUUCUCUCCAAGGACGUUCCCAUCAACCAAUCAAACAAAACCUGGAUCCGGUUAUUCCUACCCCGGCACGUACUGGAAAAUUCCUCCCCUUCCUCUAAGCUUCCUCUCAUAGUCUACUUCCAUGGUGGAGGUUUCAUUUAUCUAAGCGCAUCAACAAUCAUUUUCCAUAAUUUCUGCGUCAAUUUAGCCAAUGAAGUUCCCGCAGUCAUCGGAUCCGUCGAAUACCGUCUCGCUCCGGAGCACCGAUUGCCUGCGGCCUACGAUGAUGCGAUGGAAGCGCUGCACUGGAUCAGGAACAGCCAGGAUGAUUGGCUGAGAAACUACGCUGAUAUAUCCAACUGUUUCUUGAUGGGAGGGUGUGCUGGGGGAAACAUAGCCUACAACACAGGACUACGUGUAGCUGCUGAGGGAGUUGACCAACUGGGACCGUUGAUGAGGAUAAGAGGUCUGAUAUUGCAGCAACCUUUUUUUGGUGGGACCCAAAGAAGUAAGUCGGAGUUGAGACUGAUGAAUGACCCAGUGCUUCCGUUAAGUGUUACCGAUCUGAUGUGGGAAAUGUCGUUGCCAAUCGGCGUUGACCGCGAUCAUGAGUAUUGCAAUCCGACGGUGGGUGCAGGGUCGAAGAUGUUGGAGCAAAUAAGAACGCUUGGAUGGAGAAUAUUGGUGAGUGGAUGGGAUGGGGACCUGCUGAUUGACCGUCAGAUGGAGUUCGUGAAGAUGCUGGAGGAAAAGGGUGUAGGCGUUGUGCGUAGGUUUGGAGUAGGAGAGUAUCACGGCGUUGAGGAUGUGGAUCCCUCCAAGGCUAAGGCACUUCACUUGGAUAUUAAAAAUUUUAUUUCUUCUUAGGAGUAUUGUGUUUGUUUUGAGUUCAUUUUCAUGGCAAGUUCAUGAUUGUGAUGUUGCUUUUUCAUAUACGAGAAAAUUUAAAAUAAAUGAAUAUGAACUUAAAUAUAGUUUUGAA